AUGUCUGCCAAGGCUAUAUCAGAAGCUAAAGGAAAGGAGUUAUUAAAUAAAUUCCUUGAAGAUACAGCCAUUAAGAACAGAUUUGCUGAAGUUCGAGAAACCACCAACUUUAAUCAGCUAAGUGAAGAUCAUGCAUGGCUCAAUGCUGAGAAACUGGUCGUUAAGCCUGAUCAGCUAAUUAAAAGAAGAGGUAAACUAGGAUUAAUUAAGGCUGGAGCAGAUUUAAAUGGUGUGAAAGAAUGGUUGGAUAAUAAACUAGGAAAAGAAUUUAUGAUUGGAAGUUCAAGAGGCAAACUGAAGAAUUUUAUAAUUGAACCAUUCAUUGCUCAUGAACAAAAUGAAGAAUUUUAUGUUUGUAUUCACUCUCACCGCCAUGCUGAUACUAUCUUAUUUCAUCAUGAGGGUGGUAUAGAUAUUGGUGAUGUAGAUGCCAAGGCUGUUAAUUUGGAGGUACCAGUAGGUAGUGAAAUCAAUGCCAAUGAUGUAACAAGUAAAUUAUUAUCUAAAGUACCAACAGCCAAACAAACAAAUUUAUGUCGAUUUAUAUUAAAACUAUACAGUGUUUAUAAAGAAAUACACUUUACUUAUUUAGAGAUUAAUCCACUUGUGAUGGUGGGAGAGAAGAUCUAUGUAUUGGAUUUAGCAGCUAAGAUUGAUCAGACUGCAGAGUUUCUGUGUAAAUCAAAAUGGGGUGUCAUGGAAUUUCCUCCUCCUUUUGGACGUGAUGCUCUACCAGAGGAAGCCUACAUUGCUGAUCUGGAUGCUAAAAGUGGAGCUUCGUUAAAACUAACAAUAUUAAAUAAAGAAGGAAGAAUCUGGACCAUGGUGGCUGGAGGUGGUGCUUCUGUUAUUUAUGCGGACACGAUCUGUGAUCUAGGUGGCGCUAAAGAACUCAGUAACUAUGGAGAAUAUUCUGGAGCUCCUAGUGAACAACAAACCUACGAAUACGCUAAAACUUUAUUAAGUUUGAUGACCCAGAAAAAGCACCCUGAAGGGAAGAUUUUGAUAAUUGGUGGUGGAAUUGCCAACUUUACCAAUGUGGCUACAACAUUCAAGGGUAUUGUGCGAGCUUUAAGAGAAUAUCAACAGAAACUAAUAGAGUUUAAUGUCAAGAUUUAUGUCCGUCGAGCUGGACCUAACUACCAGGAAGGUCUUAGAAUCAUGAGAGAUUUAGGUGAUACUCUUGGUGUUGAAAUUCAUGUUUUUGGACCAGAAACUCACAUGACAUCUAUUGUCAGCAUGGCAUUGGGAAAGAAAAAUAUCCCACAUGAUCCACGACCCAAGAAAACUACAGCUAACUUCCUGUUAGGGGGAGCUCUGAUGCAGCAAACACCCGAUGCCAGACGAAGCUCCACAGAUGUAAAUGAUAAACAAGAUAGUGGGAAAUCCCCUAUAUCUAAUCUUGGUGUACAACAAACACAAGGAUCUGGUAAAGAUAAAACUGCACAGUUAUUCUCGAAGAAAACUAAAGCUAUUGUAUGGGGUAUGCAGGCUAGAGCUGUACAGAGUAUGAUGGAUUUCGACUAUGUCUGUUCUCGUAAAGAACCUUCAGUUGUAGCCAUGAUUUACCCUUUUACUGGAGACCAUAAACAGAAGUUUUACUGGGGACAUAAAGAGGUUUUGAUACCAGUAUAUAAGAAUAUGAGUGAUGCUAUGACUAAACAUCCUGAUGCUGAUGUCUUAGUUAGUUUCGCCUCACUCAGAUCAGCUUAUGAUAGUACUCUAGAAACCAUGGCCUACCCUCAGAUAAGAACUAUAGCUAUUAUUGCUGAAGGAAUCCCAGAAAACCAGACACGACUCCUGAUUAAAACAGCUGAUGAAAAGGGUGUUUCUAUUAUUGGUCCUGCUACCGUUGGUGGGGUAAAACCAGGAUGUUUUAAGAUUGGUAAUACAGGUGGUAUGUUAGAUAAUAUACUAGCAUCUAAACUCUACCGCCCUGGCAGUGUAGCCUAUGUAUCUAGAUCAGGUGGUAUGUCGAAUGAAUUAAAUAACAUUAUUUCUCUCAAUACCAAUGGUGUCAAUGAGGGUGUAGCUAUUGGUGGUGAUAGAUAUCCUGGAACCACUUUUAUGGACCAUAUUUUACGUUACCAAGAUAACCCAGAUGUUAAAAUGAUUAUUUUGUUGGGAGAAGUAGGAGGAACAGAAGAGUAUCAGUUAGUAUCAGCUUUAAAAGAAGGUCGUGUCACUAAACCAGUUAUAGCUUGGUGUAUUGGUACUUGUGCUAAAAUGUUUACAUCAGAGGUCCAAUUUGGCCAUGCUGGUGCCUGUGCUAAUGCAGAGGCUGAAACUGCAACCUGUAAGAAUGCAGCUCUGGCAGAGGCUGGUGCUCAUGUUCCAAAGAGUUUUGAUGAGUUGGGUACAUUGAUCAAAGAAGUAUAUGAUAAACUAGUAGAAGAAGGAGUAAUUGUAGUACAAAAUGAAGUUCCACCACCAACUGUUCCCAUGGAUUAUACCUGGGCUUGUGAACUGGGAUUGAUUCGUAAACCAGCAUCCUUUAUGACGAGUAUUUGUGAUGAGAGAGGACAAGAAUUACUGUAUGCUGGUAUCCCUAUCACUGAUAUAUUUAAAGAAGACAUGGGAAUUGGUGGAGUUCUCAGUUUGUUGUGGUUUCAAAGAAGAUUACCUAGAUAUGCCACUAAGUUUAUUGAGAUGUGUCUAAUGGUAACAGCUGAUCAUGGACCAGCUGUUUCAGGAGCUCACAAUACUAUUGUCUGUGCUCGAGCUGGAAAAGAUCUGAUUUCUAGUUUAACUUCUGGUCUCCUCACUAUUGGAGAUAGAUUUGGUGGUGCUUUAGAUGCAGCAGCCAAACAGUUCAGUGAUGCAUAUGAUAGAGGAAUGAUUCCCAUGGAUUUUGUCAAUGAUAUGCGCAAGAAGGGACAGCUUAUAAUGGGUAUUGGACACAGAGUUAAGUCGUUAAAUAAUCCAGACAUGAGAGUUGUCAUAUUAAAAGAUUAUGUGAAGAAACAUUUCCCUGCUUCACCAUUGUUAGAUUAUGCUCUAGAAGUUGAAAGAAUUACAACAUCUAAGAAACCCAAUCUUAUCUUGAAUGUUGAUGGUUUUAUAGGGGUGUCAUUUGUUGAUUUGUUAAGAAAUUGUGGUUGUUUCACAAGGGAAGAAGCUGCGGAAUAUGUAGAAAUUGGAGCUCUCAAUGCUCUGUUUGUCCUAGGAAGAAGUAUGGGAUUUAUUGGUCACUAUCUAGAUCAGAAGAGAUUAAAACAAGGACUGUAUCGACAUCCUUGGGACGACAUUUCAUACAUCAUGCCUGAAACACAAAAUACACAAUAAACUACAGUAAUCUCAUUCUAAAUCGCAGCAAGAUCAAAAUAAAUAGGCAUUUCAAUAUUACUUAUUGCUCAGUGUUAAUUUCGAUCUUAUUCUUUAUGUUGUAAAACAUCAAAAUAGAAUUUUUAGCAAUACCUUUACUAUGUUCAUUUAUCAUAAGCUAAAGAAGACAUUUACAAGUUGCUUUCAGUCCGGUCUAUAGUCAAAAUGGUCUGUGGGUUAUCAUAUUAUUAAUUCAUAAAUAAUUG